UCCCUUGCAUUUUACAUUGUUCUAUUUCCCCAAAACAACUCACAAUGAAGCAACAAUAUGUAUUCACCACCACUCUCUCAUUUCUCAUACUUUUCGUCCUCCAUUGUUCAACUACCUUGGCCCAAGGUCCGGCAGCAGCUCCGGUGGCACCAACACCAGCACCUCCCAGUCCAACGAACGUCACCAAAAUUCUCAAAAAAGUCGGCCAAUUCACCCUCUUCAUUCGUCUUCUAAAAACUACACAAGUAGCCAACCAGCUGCUGGGUCAGCUCAACAACUCAAACAAUGGGAUAACCAUUUUUGCACCGACGGACAAUGCGUUCUCGAGCCUUAAAUCCGUCACGUUGAAUUCGCUCAACGACGAACAAAAAGUCGAGCUGGUGCAAUUCCACAUCGUCCCAACAUACCUCUCGUCGUCUCAGUUCCAAACUAUUAGUAACCCUUUGAGAACUCAAGCCGGUGACAGCGACGACGGGAAGUUCCCUCUCAAUAUCACCACGUCGGGAAACUCCGUGAACAUAACAAGCGGAUUGACAAAUACAAGUGUUUCUGGUACUGUUUAUACAGACGGUCAGCUUGCAGUUUAUCAAAUCGAUCAGGUGCUUCAACCUAUGCAAAUAUUUGCUCCUAGGCCACCGGCUCCAGCACCGGCGCCGGCGAAGUCGAAUAAGAAGAAGGCUGCCGUUGUUUCCGAAAGCCCUGAUGAAACACCGGCUGCUGAUAACUCCAAAGCGGCCACCACCAUGCAAAAUGUAGCCUUGUUUGGUGUUGCUACUGUAGUUGCUGCACUUUUUUUGUAACCAUGAAAAUGGAGAAACGAAGAAAAC